AACCUGGCACGUGGUUAGCUGAUGACGUAAAAAGCCGGUGCCUCUAACACAGAGUGACCGUCCUUGCGACUACCAGAAACCGCUAGUUUGAGCAGAGGAGAACUGUCUCGUUUGCCUUCAGUUAUUUCUCCAGCUGAAUAUGGGAGACGUUGACAAGGGAAAGAAGGUUUUCGUCCAGAAGUGUGCCCAGUGCCACACAGUAGAGCAGGGGGGCAAGCACAAAGUAGGCCCCAACCUCUGGGGUAUAUUUGGACGCCAGACUGGCCAGGCAGUGGGCUUCUCUUACACGGAUGCCAACAAGACUAAAGGUAUUGUGUGGGGUGAGGAGACCUUGAUGGAGUACCUGGAAAACCCCAAGAAGUACAUUCCUGGAACCAAAAUGAUCUUUGCUGGAAUCAAAAAGAAGGGAGAACGCCAGGACCUCAUUGCAUACCUUAAAUCUGCAACGUCAUGAGCUAGUCAUAGACAUCUGAAUAUUUAAUGUAAUUUUAUUGGGUAGUUCAUUUUAGGUUUGCAUGUUCUACAUACAGUAUAUUGUUUUAUGUUGUCAUUUGUAGGCCACCUCAGUGCUUUACUAGCAGAGCCUCAACUUCACUUUUAAAAACUAUAACUCAAGGGUCUUAUAUCAGUCACAGUGUGAUACAUGGUGUAAGUUUCAGCAUUUCUGGAGGUUAAUUGGUGCAGACUCUGUGUACUCCCAGCUUUCAUGCCACGUGGAGUUUCUGACCUUCACAAGGAGUGACGCAGUGCACACUUUUGGUGAGAAGCUGUUAUUUGCUGUGAAUGCACUUUAGAUUCCAAACGCCAAACAAUGUGUCCUAAGACUCCUGACGGCCCCUCUGAGCUCCUGGUUUUAACCCCCUGCCUGUCAUCACACUUGUUAAAAGAUUUAAAAUAACUUGUGCUAAAGGUGACACACGUUCCUGCCUCCUGUAUGAAUGCCUUCAACACAAACGGUGUUGAGAUCCCUGCAGUGUGAAAUCAGCUGGCAUACAUCAUGUUUAACAAUCUGGUGGAGCUACGGCACCAUAGAUGAUCACUGGUGCCACCUGGACUAAAAGAACCGUUAGCUAUUUACCUGGUUUCACAGGCCUGAAUGUGUUUUAACUUAUUUUACUGUAAUCUGUCAGAAUGACUGUUUUUAAUGGGGCCGUUUGCUGUCAAUGUAUACACAGCAAUAUACAGUCUGUAAAACAUGGGGAAGAUGUUGCUUGUGGUCAGGAUUAAUUAAAAGAUAUUGUCCAGAUAGAUGAA